CUCUGUGACCCUGGGCCAGGAUUUGGCCAGAGCUGUGUCAGCUGGGUUCCCGGGCUCCCUGCACGGCCGCUAGUCACCCUUGCACCUGCUGGGGCGCCUGCUGUCUAGGGAGGGCAGAGGGCACGGGCCUGGGGUGGGGGGUCCGGCCCCUCGCAGCAGGCGGCCAGCACCGGGAUGGAUUUCGGUUCCCUGGAGACGGUGGUGGCCAACUCGGCCUUCAUCGCCGCCCGCGGCAGCUUCGACGGGACCGGCGGCCCAUCCUCUCGGGACAGGAAGUACCUGGCCAAGCUCAAGCUGCCCCCACUGUCCAAGUGCGAGGGCCUCCGGGAGAGCCUGGACCUGGCUUUCCUGAGCUUGUGCUCAGAGCAGCCCGUCGGCAAGCGGCUCUUCCAGCAGUUCCUGGGGGCCGACGAGAGGCACGUUCCGGCUCUGGAGCUCUGGAAGGACAUCGAGGACUACGACACGGCCGACGACGACCUCCGGCCUCAGAAGGCCCGGGCCAUCCUGGCCGAGUACCUGGACCCCCAGGCCAAGCUCUUCUGCAGCUUCCUGGACGAGGGCGUGGUGGCGAAGGCCCGGGAGGGGCCCGUGGCGGGCGGGGACGCGCCCUUCCAGACGCUGCUGCGGGCCACCCUGGCGUACCUGAGCCAGACGCCCUUCCAGGAGUACCUGGACAGCCUCCACUUCCAGAGGUUCCUGCAGUGGAAGUGGCUAGAGGCCCAGCCCGUGGGCGAGGACUGGUUCCUGGACUUCAGGGUCCUGGGGAAAGGGGGCUUCGGGGAGGUGUCCGCCUGCCAGAUGAAGGCCACGGGCAAGCUGUACGCCUGUAAGAAGCUCAACAAGAAGAGACUCAAGAAAAGGAAGGGCUACCAGGGUGCUAUGGUCGAGAAGACGAUUCUAGCAAAGGUUCACAGCAGGUUUAUAGUCUCUCUGGCCUAUGCGUUUGAAACCAAAACUGACCUCUGUCUGGUGAUGACGCUCAUGAACGGAGGUGACAUAAGGUACCACAUCUACAAUGUGAACGAGGAGAACCCUGGCUUCCAGGAGCCACGCGCGGUCUUCUACACGGCCCAGAUCAUCAGCGGCCUGGAGCAUCUACACCAGAGAGGCAUCGUGUACCGAGACCUCAAGCCGGAGAACGUGCUUCUGGACGAUGACGGCAAUAUCCGCAUUUCUGACCUUGGGCUGGCUGUGGAGCUGAAGGACGGGCAGACCAAGACCAAGGGCUACGCAGGCACCCCAGGGUUCAUGGCCCCUGAGCUCUUGCGGGGCGAGGAGUACGACUUCUCCGUGGACUACUUCGCCCUGGGCGUCACGCUGUAUGAGAUGAUCGCAGCCAGAGGGCCCUUCCGCGCCCGUGGAGAGAAGGUGGAGAACAAGGAGCUCAAGCAGAGGAUCCUGUCUGAGGCCGUCAAGUACCCGGACACGUUCAGCCAGGCCAGCAAGGACUUCUGUGAGGCACUGCUGGAGAAGGACCCCGAGAAGCGCCUGGGUUUCAGAGACGGGACGUGUGAUGGGCUCCGCACCAGGCCCCUCUUCAAGGACAUUAAUUGGAGACAGCUCGAGGCUGGGAUGCUGACACCCCCCUUUGUCCCGGACUCCAGGACAGUCUAUGCCAAGAACAUCCAGGACGUGGGCGCCUUCUCCACCGUCAAGGGUGUGGCCUUCGACAAAGCCGAUGCUGAGUUCUUCCAGGAAUUUGCGACUGGCAGCUGUCCCGUCCCUUGGCAGGAGGAGAUGAUCGAAACGGGCGUGUUUGCGGAGCUGAACGUGUGGCGCUCUGACGGGCAGAUGCCUGACGAUAUGAAGGGGGUGACUGCGGAGGGGGCGGCCUCGGCGUCCAAGUCAGGGAUGUGUCUGGUCUCCUAAACGCGCAGGGAGAGGGAGCUCUGUAGCCCGCAGGGGCGGGAACGGCCGCGUGAGCCGCCAGGCACCCACGGCACCCUCGGGAGAGAGGCUCGGUUUGGACACACGUCCAGCCUGUAAAGAGUCCGCUCCCUGCCCAUGUCACUCAGUAAGACUCCGCGGUGGUCCCCAGACGGACUAGACCACGAGGCCUAUCCCAAGGACUCCCGUGGACACGCCAGCCGCCGCGGGCCCACCGCUGGGCAGAGAGCAGCUCGUGCGGAGGACGCGUGGCCCAUGUUUCCUGACGCCUCACCGGCAUCUUCCCAGAGCCCAGUCCUCAGUGGGAGGCCUUCUCCGGCUUCGCUCAGGGGCUGGCAAACUGUGCCCAUGGGCUCCCGAGUGCCUGCGAGAGGCCCGGGUGGGGGCCUGCUCCUGUCCCCCAGAGCUGGUUACCCUCUGCGUGACGAUGACGCUGGCUUCAGCCAGGUGCUGGACGGUACAGGCUCCGAGGGGUGGCCUUGCCCAGGCUGGGGCCCCCGUGUCCCAGAGGAGAGGAGGGGCUGGGGCUGGGGGACUGAGAGCGACCGCGGCAGCUGCCUCCGGUUCUUUUCGCCCUGAGAACACCUCCAGCUGAUGGCACCCGGGCCCAAAGCCACCCACCCCGGGCAGACAGGUGUGCGGGCAUCUUCUCUCCUCCCCGCGCACCUGCUUGCCACCCGGCUCUGCCUCCCAGCGGAGUCGGGGCAGACUGGCGGCUGGCCGGGGACCGGCUGUCUCCAUCCUCACGCCUGUAGCUGGGCCCCAACGCUCCGAAGCACAGACGUGCCCUCCCUUUGUCUGUGGCCCCGGGCACUGUUCCUGUCGGCUCCCAUGUCUCCUACUUCACCUCCACCUCAGCGUCCCCGGAGCCUUUAUGCAUCUGAACGGGAAGCACGUGGUUUUGGUGGCAGCGGCCUCCGAGAGACCACGUUUGCUCCUGGUCAGGCUUUGCUGGCAUCGGGCUGGGACUCCCUCGGUGGGGCCCACCCCUGGGGAGGAGCUGUGGUUUGGGGCACUGGGGCACCUUCCAGAAGGGUCUCUUCCUCUCCUAGGGAAGAACAUCAGAGUCCCUGCACCUCACCGGCCGUGUCACGUGCUAGUCCAGGCAGAUGCCCCCCAUGGGCGUCAGAAGAUACCCUGGCGUUUAGCUUUCGGGGGGCUGGUGUGAGGACCCGUGAGGGAGCCCAAAAGACAGCGUCUUUCCUCGUAUUAGCACCAGUGCUGGGCCGACUGCCUCCUCCUAGCAGCUGUCCCCCCGAGUGCUGGCCGUCCCCGUCCUCACGCUGUCAACCCCGAGGGCUGGGCCGUCUGUUGCCCGCAGAUGUUGACAUGUGGUCACUCACCCCACCCUCAGGGAACAGGGGUUCUGCAGCCCACAACUCUGCUGGGUCUGGUGCAGGGCUCCUGUCUGGUGCAGGACUCUGCAGGUGCCAUGUCCCCUGCACUCACACAGUAGUCCGGGGUGCAGAGGCCCGUAGGUGGUGGAGAAAAUCACAUGAGUUCUUGAGAAGACGUUAUGCACACAGAGCCUCUGAGCAUGCCCUUGGACCAGAGCCUUGUCCCCUGGCCGUGCGCGUGGCCCACCAGAGGCAAAGAAUGCUCCGGGUGGGCCUGGAGGGGAAUCCAGGGCUUUCUAGCAGGUGAGUAGAAGUGCUCGGCAUGUCCCUGCAGGCAGCUCAGCCCCAGGACACACUGCUGUGCCCUCCCCAAAGCGGGACAGAGCACACUGGGCGAUGACCGACGGGUCACUUCUCUGCAUUUGUGGGAGGGGGCCUGGAGCCAGGCCCCCUGUAGCACCGGCGGCCGGUGGGGCCCCUCUGCCUGGGCUGAAUUUCAGGGGAACAACAAGUACUGUCCUCGGUGUGUCCUGGGUGCCGCGGGGGCUGUCCUGACACUCCAGUCACCCGGUGUGGUUUGCCGGGCCACCCGCACGGGUCAGUCAGCGGCUAGGCCCUGCACUGGACUGGCGGGUCUGGUGGGCUAGUCAGUGCACUGAGCUAGCGGGUCUGGUGAGCGUGGCCAUGACUUCAGCUGUCUCUCCAUCUGCCGGGAAUGGGGCUUUGCUGCAGCACCCCGACCCCUGGCUCCCCCAUCUGGAGGCGACCGUGUGCACACUCUAAUAGCAGGCUCCAGGCACUGCUGUGCGACGUCCAGGGCAUGUGGACACGGCCGCUCCUGUGGGACGCCCCUCCUCUGAGCGCUCCUGGCAGUCCCGUGGGGGUGCUGGUGCUCGGGACUUCCGUCACUGGCUCAGGAGGUCCCUGCUGUGGGUGUCUUUCAGUCCCAGGGCUCUGGCUGGCCCACACGUAUGAGGGUCCUUUCCUCAGCUGUGGGCUGGGUCUAGGGGACACACUGCCUGCCUGGACGCUCAGCCUUGGUGGCUGUCAGGGCCUUUGGGCACCUGCGGGCUUGUCUCUGGCUCGGGGGCUGCCCACGCCAGGCCUAAGGGGGGGAUCCCUUGACCAUCACUGCCCCUACGGUCCUGCAUACCACAGCCACCGACGAUCUUCCAAACCGGCCUCCAUUCCCACUCGGGGGGCCUCGGCCUCUCGCACAGCUACGGCACGGGCCACAGCCCGGCAACAAUCACCCCCACGUGUCUGGGGUUCCCCGACAUGCACCACGGUGGGGAAAGCACCCAUGGGAUUUCUCCCUGGGGGGAGCAGGCAGCAGAUGGACCCUGGAAACACUGGGGUCACAAAAAAUUCCGUGAAAUUUUGUGAAAUUUUUGUGAAAAACAAACUGCAGUUUCUGUUCAAGCAGAAAAAGGCAAAAAUAAAACAGAUUCUGGAUGAUGAA